CUCCAUGUCUGUGCGAUCAAAAUCAGUUUUCCCACAGCCGGGAAACGCAGCACAGUUUAACAAGGCCGAGUGCCUGAAAGUCAUUUGUUUUCCCUGAAUCGGACUGACUGGAUUGGACGGCCGGGGGGUCCGCCCACAAACACACAAGGUGGAGUUGAAAAGAAAAAACAUGCUGGGCCAAAAUGAAGCUGUCAAACAGCCGCUUACAAUUUGCUAAAAGACGUAUCGAGCAAUGUGAAAAGACACGGAGGCUGCCCUAUGGACCUAUUAGAUAGUUAUUUCUGAAGUGCAAAUCUGACGUUAAUGAUUGAAAAUUAUAAACUUUUUAAGUUGAUUUUUUACGUUAAUUCCAUAAAGUUACGGGAGUGUUGUGAGAUGAGCCGGUUGCAUUAAAUUAAACAACCACUGGCACAGCUUGCGCUUUCAUGAAACUUUCAGCUACCCGAUAAAACAUUGCAAACUUCGGCUACAGAUCAGGCUGGGUCGGGCUCCGGGAGUCAAAAAAUAAUGGCCCGCGGUUGGGUUCAGAAACAACGGUGCAAGAUCGGAGAAAAAAAAUGUGGAUGUCUCGGCGUAGCGAAAUGGUUGGAUGGAGAGGAGCUCUGCUGUGCGCUGAGUGGAGGGAGACGGCGAGAGAGAUGGAGGCGGGGGGGAAGGACCAUCUCUGCGGGGACUGGAGCCCAGGACCGACGGCGCAGUGCUGGCUAUCGUUCAACCCUCCCCUUCUUCCUCCACAACGACACCGAAGCUCACGCCGAGAGACAGAUACAAGACAGUGCAACCACAAAUGAAUGGAGAAAUGGAGGCAACCACCCAAGACCAAGUUUGGGCACAGGAUGACCUCUUAAAAUUGCUGGAGGCCAUGAAAGUGGCCCUGCCUCAGAAAGACCUGACUAAAUACAAAACGUCAGAGUCCCACCUUGACUGGCAGAAGGUGGCCUUCAACUCCUACACAGCAGAGAUGUGUAAGCAGAAGUGGCAGGAGGUCUCUAAAGAGAUUCGUAAAUUCAGGACUCUAACAGAACUGAUAAUUGAUGCUCAAGAUUACAUCAAGAACCCUUACAAGGGGAAGAAAAUAAAGAAACAUCCAGAUUUCCCCAAGAAGCCCCUGACUCCAUACUUUCGCUUCUUCAUGGAAAAGAGGGCUAAAUAUGCAAAGUUGCAUCCUGAGAUGAGCAACCUAGAUCUAACUAAAAUCCUCUCCAAGAAGUACAGGGAGUUGCCGGACAAAAAGAAGAAAAAAUAUGUCGACGACUUCUUAAGAGACAAAGAAACAUUUGUGCAAAGCAUGAUGAAGUUUAGGGAAGAACACCCAGACCUUGUGGAGAGCAUGACCAAGAAAGGUUCAAAUGUACCAGAGAAGCCCAAGACACCCCAACAGCUGUGGUACAACCAUGAAAAGAAGGCCUUCCUCAAAACACACCCAGAUGCGACCACCAAAGACAUUAAAGACAGUCUUGGCAAACAGUGGACACAGCUGUCUGACAAAAAGAGACUGAAAUGGAUCUCAAAGUCCCUGGAGCAGCAGAAACAGUACGAGGAGACAAUGCGGGAAUACAUCCAGCAGCACCCAGAGUUAAACAUCACCCAGGAGGAUAUUGUAAAGUCCACCUUGACCAAGGCAGAGAGGCACCUGAAGGACAAAUCUGACGGCCGACCUGACAAACCACCACCAAAUGGCUACUCCAUGUUCUGUGCGGAGUUGAUGUCGAGCAUGAAGGACGUACCCAGCACAGAGCGUAUGGUGAUGUGUAGCCAGCGGUGGAAGCUGCUGAAACAGGGCGAGAAGGACGCCUAUCAGAAACGCUGUGAACAGAGAAAGAAGGAGUAUGAAAUUGAAAUGAACAGAUUUCUCAGUAGUUUAUCAGUAGAGGAGCAGCAGCGGGUGUUGGGCGAGGAUAAGAUAGGUUUUAAGAAGGGCAGUGGAGCCAGCAGUCCUGCCUCCAAAAAGAAAAACCCUAAAGCAAAGGCCAAUCCAGAGAAACCCAAAAGGCCCAUUUCAGCCAUGUUCAUCUUCUCUGAGGAAAAACGUCCCAAACUGCAGCAGGAGCGACCAGACCUCUCUGACAGUGAGCUCACGAGAAUGUUGGCUCGCAUGUGGAAUGAACUGCCAGAUAAGAAGAAGGAGAAGUAUAAACGCCUAGAAACGGUCCUGAAGGCAGAGUCAGAGAAGAAGGAGAAGGAAGAUCGCAGUCGUCUGCCAGACCCACCCAAGACUGCUCAGGACAUCUGGCAGCAGAGCGUCAUAGGAGACUACCUGGCCAGAUUCAAGAACGACCGACCAAAGGCACAGAAAGCGAUGGAAGGAACCUGGAGCACCAUGGAGAAAAAAGAGAAGAUUAUGUGGAUCAAAAAGGCAGCAGAGGAUCAGAAAAGAUAUGAGAGGGACCUGUGUGAGAUGCGCUCACCUGCUGCUGCCAUUGCCUCAGGGAAAAAGAUGAAGUUUGAGGGUGAACCCAAGAAGCCACCAUCAAACGGAUACCAGAAGUUCUCUCAGGAGAUGCUGUCCAACGGAGAGCUGAAUCACCUCCCGAUGAAAGAGCGGAUGACUGAGAUCGGCAGCCGCUGGCAGAGGUUACCACUGAAGGACAAGGACCGCUACAAGAAGAUCGCAGAGGAAAAGCAGAGGCAGUACAAAGUCCAACUGGAACAGUGGCUUGCUAGCUUGUCUUCACAAGAGAGAAACACAUACAAAGAAUAUAAUUCACAGAAAAGGCGAACAACAGCAAAACCAGGAGGCCCCAAGGCAAAGUCCAAGAAAUCUGACACAGAGGAGGAGGAGGACGAUGAUGAGGAAGAAGAUGAAGAUGACGACGAGCAGGAGAAGGCCUCCUCUGAUGCAGACUCAUCCAGCGAGGAUGAGGAUGACGAGGAGGAUGAUGAUGACGAUGAUAAAGAGGAUGACGACGAUGAUGACGAGGCAGAGGACAAGGAGAACAAGUCAGAGGACAGCAGCAGCGAGUCAAAUUCGGCAGUGUCGUCAGACUCUGACUCGGACUGAAACGGGCCCUCCAACGUCAUCUUUGAGACGAACUGAGCAGCGCUGAGCUGAGCCAAGAGUCCAGGGAGCUCUGCCACUGUGCCAACCCUGCUCUCCUCCCACCACCAGAGGGAGCCCCUGCAUCACCUCAUUCAUUUCACACUCACCCACUUUACGUUGCUGCGUUGGUGAUCUGUUCUCACGGAGGGACCCUGCCCUUAUGUCCAAAAUCUGUUUCAUUCCCUCCCCAGCUGUGACAGCCAUCUCACAGCACGAGCCGCUGACAUUAAGCCAAAAACAGCAUCCCACUGGUUUGGUGAUGUCAUGGACGCUGGUUUCAAUCUCGACUCACAGGUUCAGUGGUUCAUGGUUAGAGUUUUAACGUUGAGGGUGAUGAAUUUACCCUCCAGUGUUUCUUCUGUUAUUCUGGAAAUUAGUUGAAGACAGGUGGCAUGAGUUGUGAACAGGCUUCGUGGAGCCAAAGAACAUAGUAUGGGGGAUCACUUUAGGGAGGGGGGGGUGUGUGCGGGGUACUGAAAAAUUGCACUCUUCAGAAUGUUUCCUUUAAUUUUUUUUCUAGAACAUUGUCGCUUUGUUCUCUACUCUCAAUUUAUGAUGUAGAUUUUAUCAUUUGGUUCUUAAAGAGGUGGUAUUUUUUCAGGAAAAAAAUCAAGCCAUUAUGAAUGUCUUUAUUUUUUUUAUUUUUAUUUUUGUUGCUGGAAAAUUUCAGAACUUGUUUCUUACCCAUGUUCUCAUUUCCAAGACACGGUGCCUAUAAAAUGUUCACCCCCUCCUUUGACUUUUUCAUGAUUUAUUGUUUUGCAAUGUUGAACAAAAGUGGAUGUAAUGAGCCUUUUUUUCACGCUACCCAUCAGAAAAAAAUCUCUUUAGGAAUACAGCAACAUUUAUUGGAAAUUUACUUGUUUUCUUUACUUGUGACAACACCGCUUAUCGUGUUUUACUCUGUAAGAUCACAACAAGCCAUGGGAAAUUUCCAAAAAGAUGUUCUGUGAUGCUGCAAGGAAAACAAAUCCCAAGUAUAAAACACAAGACAGUUGAUUACAUUUUUUUUUCACCCUGUUCAGUAUUUUAGCAUAAGCACCUUUAACAAUAUUUACAGACUUGAUUCUGUGUGGAUCGGCUUAAUACACGCAGAUGCUACAUUUUCCCCCCAUUUCUUUUUGCAAAACUGCCCAAUCGAGGCGCGUAGGGACUAAUUUCAAAGUCCUGCCACACAUUACACACUGUUCUCCAAGCAGAUUUACAGUGGUGCUAUAUUUUGAACGUUCUUAAAUGGCUGACCUCACUGUAGUCUGCGGGCUAUUCCGUCCCUUGACAGUUUUCUGGCAUCCUUCCCCUGAUUUAUAGUUUUAUGGAAACUUUUUGCAAUUUAUUCAAAAUGUUUCUUUAUCCUCUCAGUUCAGUUUUUUUUAGAAAAUUAAGAAACAAGCUGUUAAAGCCUCCAGAUACAGAUGUAUUUACUUUGAGUACACAGGUGAUCUCCAUUCAACUUAUGCGUUUUGUGUGAUUAUGUAACUGGUUAUUUGCGUUUUAUAUUAACACUAGAUUCAUUUAUAAAGAUUGUUUCCACUUGUGUCAAAAAGUUGUUUUUGCAUCCACUGUGCUUCAGCGUUAAAAAACAUAAAGGUCCAACAGUGGUGAGAAACUUUUUAUAGGCACUGCAGGAUCCAUCCUGUCAUUGAGAGGUGUUGCGCAUAAAAAUGACCUGACAUGUCUCGUAGUACAUAAAUUCAUCCGUCUGAAACAAUCCUGUCGGACUCAGUUGAUCAGUUUGUUCUGGGCUGACACUGACAAACAGUGUUGAGUGUUUGCAGUUUGUCAUUGACCAUUUAGAGCUUUGGUCUGACUGUGUUUUUAAAGAGUGUGUCAUACAGCUGGUGUAUGUUUCUCUCUCUAAACUCGUUUUACAUUUCACUCACGGUUUAUUUGACUUGUUAAUAGGUUUCUUUUAAUUGUGCUCUGAUCCAUCUGGAAUCAUUUUGUGGAUUUUGUCAAACUGUACGGUUUCAUCCAUUUUUCUUUUUGAAAUUUUAAUGGUAUUGACUGUAAUCCAUCUGGGUUUUAGUCCGAUGCUUAUCCCAAAAAAAGUGUGCACUUAAUGUAAAUCUGUCCCUCUGUGUGAGUUUGUGUGCAUGCAUGCACAGAACUAUGUAUAUAUGAGGGCGUAUGUGUGUUUCUUUGCUUUAAUGUGUGCUGUUUUUUGCUGUUUUGUUGCAUACCAUGAUGUGACUGCAGCGUGCAUGUAUGUGCCUGUGUGGGGACAUCAUACCAACACCAUGAAUGUAGAUAUUGUUAAAUCUUUCUUCUUUUUUUUUUCUCUCCAAAGGUCUUUAGUAAUUCUUCUGCUCGGCGCUGUCAUGUCAUUUGUUACCUGAAAACGGACUAAUGAUCAUUUUGUGGUCUACAAACCGAUGAGUACAUGGCAACUAUUAAUAAUCUGUUAGUAAUGGACUGAUUUUUGACCAUUUAUGAAUCUCAUCACAGACUGAAAUAAAACCAGCGUGGACUAUUUAAAUAACCCAGGGAGGGAGGAAAGGAGAAAGUGAUUGCUGAUAUUGAUAGAUGAGUUUGUAAAAGGGAUUUUGGGGGAACUGAGUUGCCAGUGGAAUUAGGGGUUUCAAAAAAAAAAAAAAAACAACCUUGUAAUUUUUUUGUAAAUACUGUUUUUUGUAUUGAGUGCUUAUUGUUUUGUUUAGUACUUUUAAUUUGGCAAAACCCUCAUCUGUGACUUCUGAGGCCAGUGAGCCUUUUCACUCACGGGGGAGAAUUUUUGGUUUAAUUCACCUGUUUUAGUUGUUACUUCUCUCCCUUAUGUUGGUUUAUAUAGAGAUAUCUAAGACAGCAAAAAGCUUUACAAGUUUGUACUGCUGAUCAUUUGACAAAAUUUGAUGUUUUCUAUAGCUGAGGGUGUUCUUAUGUCCUUGUAGUUCCAGUAUUUGGGCAAAUAAAAAAAUGACCUUUAA